UUGGGAAAAAUUACUCUCACACUUUUUUCUCUCUCUAACCCUCUGAGAAGAAAAAAACUCACAACAAUGGCUGCAAGAUUGGUGGCUAGACAAGCCGCUUCUCUAUGUCGGGUUUCCUCUCCAAAGUCUGCAGCUGAUGCCACUCAGCUUAUCCAACGACGUGGUCUUGCAGGAGGUGGAGAUCAUCAUGGACCCGCAGAGGUGAACUGUUGGUCGGACCCAAUGAGCCCAUCUAGAUGGAAGGAAGAGCAUUUUGUGAUUGUCUCUUUAGCUGGAUGGGGUUCAGCUAUUUACGGUGGUUGCAAAUUCUUCACUGGAGGCAAGAAAGGAACUGAAGAGAAAGUGGCUGAAGCAACUCUGCAGAAAGUAAGGGUGCACAGGAACCGAGCCGGACCGACGGGCCGAGGAAGGGGGUACAGGUACCGGUCCAAAAGUACCGACGAUUUCUCAAAAGAGGGAGCAUUUAUCCAAACACCCGUUUCUACUCAUCCUGACUCCUUCUAAAUAAAUGUGUAAUCAUACACAUUUAUCAAAAGAGUUUUACACAUAUCCCAAAUAAUUAAGGAUCAUCCAUUUUGAGUUUCAAAAGAAACCGUUGUCAGAUUAUUAAUCAUUCAGAAAAUACAUCUCCAGGUACUGGCUCAA